AUGUUCAAAUGUUCGCGCGAUGGCCAACUCUGGCUGACCAAACCUUUUCCUGGUUCCGUGUUCCGCGAAAUCAUCGUGGUACUACGGAGUAUUGGAGAAGACGUUUCUGAUAUAAAAUAUGUCAUCAAUUAUGACUAUCCGAACAAUUCUGAGGACUAUGUUCAUCGAAUUGGACGUACUGGGCGUCAAGAUAAAACGGGGACGAGUUACACUUUCUUCACGCAAAAUAAUUCUCCAAAAGCUAGAGAUUUAAUUAAAGUUUUGGAAGAGGCAAAACAAGUAGUUCCCCCACGUCUUCAUGAAUUGGCUGAAAGUGCUUUUGGAAAAGAAAAGGGCAAAAGGCGUUGGCGCCAGACAGAAGGUGAAGGAUCUACUCCUCCCGUUAAUAUGAAAAAGUCGAAUGAUGAAGGAUUUAGUGCUGAUAAUGGAUUUCCAGAAGCUUUAUGGUGA